AUGGAUGCUCGUUCCAUUGUAGCUUGUAACAACAUUGCGACGGAGGAAAGGAGAGAUGGAUAUCAACUGUCACAGGGGUCCGUUCUUUCGGAAGGGUCCGAUAGUCCAUUUGUCCAACCUGGUAUGACGGGGCAAGAGUCGGCAAAUCUCAUUUUCGACGUCGGUUCUGUACAAGCAGUGUGGAGCCACACACAGGGUGGCUGCAUGGGUGAUCGCUGUGCGUCAAAUGCCCGUCAUCAUGCAUCCCGAAGCGGGCUAAAGCAUCAUCUAGGAACUUCUAAACGAGUUCAAAAUCACUCAAUAUUGUCAAAAUCAAACAUUUCAGAUCCAACAUCAAAGUUAAUAAAGGAUACGCCUGCAGCAUAUCGCCAUGACCCAACUCAUUCAUCUGAGACCCACACUUUCCGAAACAAGGCCAUUCCAAAAUUGAAACUCUUACCCGUCCACAUACGGCGUUUGUACUAG